UGCGAUACUCCCGCCAUCUUUCCUGCCGGCUUCCAGCCCGUGAGAGGAACACGUUGCUGGAAAAAAAACAGAAGUUUCACCCCACAGUUUUUGUCUCUAAACGUGUCUUCUCUUCUAAUCCCUUCUUAACAGGGUAGCUGGAGCCGGAUAAGGCUCCACAGGUGCUAACGUCCAUCAUUCCCGCCCUCAAUCAUGGCGGAUAAGAACACCAGGAUCGCCAUCGUCAACCAUGACAAAUGCAAACCUAAGAAAUGCCGUCAGGAGUGCAAGAAGAGCUGCCCGGUCGUCCGUAUGGGUAAACUGUGUAUUGAGGUGACUCCACAGAGUAAGAUAGUGUGGAUCUCAGAGUCUCUGUGCAUAGGCUGUGGCAUCUGCAUCAAGAAAUGUCCGUUUGGAGCACUGUCGAUCGUCAACCUUCCCAGCAACCUGGAGAAGGAAACCACACACAGAUACUGCGCCAACUCCUUCAAACUGCACCGGCUGCCUAUCCCGGCCGGUGAGGUUUUGGGGCUGGUGGGGACCAACGGUAUCGGCAAGUCCACAGCUCUGAAAAUUCUGGCCGGAAAACAGAAACCAAACCUGGGGAAGUUUGAUAAUCCUCCAGACUGGCAGGAGAUCCUGACCUACUUCAGAGGGUCCGAGCUGCAGAACUACUUCACCAAAAUCCUGGAGGACGAUCUGCGGGCCAUCGUGAAGCCGCAGUACGUCGACCAGAUCCCAAAGACCGUCAAGGGGUCAGUAGGGGCCAUCCUGAGCAGGAAAGAUGACACAGACACGCAGGACCUUGUCUGCGAACAACUUGAUCUGAGUCACCUGCGGGAGAGAAACGUGGAGGAUCUGUCCGGAGGAGAGCUGCAGAGGUUCGCCUGUGCUGUCGUCUGCAUCCAGAGAGCUGACAUUUUCAUGUUUGACGAGCCGUCCAGUUACCUGGAUGUUAAACAGAGGCUGAAGGCCGCCAUCACCAUCCGCUCACUCAUCACCCCCGACAGGUACAUCAUCGUGGUGGAGCACGAUCUGAGCGUGCUGGACUACCUGUCGGACUUCAUCUGCUGUCUGUACGGAGUGCCGAGCGCCUAUGGAGUCGUUACCAUGCCCUUCAGCGUCAGAGAGGGUAUCAACAUCUUCCUGGACGGUUACGUCCCCACGGAGAAUCUCAGGUUUCGCGAGACGUCGCUGGUCUUUAAGGUGGCCGAGACGGCCAAUGAGGAGGAGGUGAAGAGACUCAGGCAUUACCAGUAUCCGGACAUGUCGAAGACGAUGGGCGAGUUCACGCUGGACAUCAAAGGAGGAGAGUUUACAGACUCUGAGAUCAUGGUGAUGCUGGGAGAGAACGGCACAGGGAAGACGACCUUCAUCAGGAUGUUGGCCGGUGGGCUCAGACCUGACGGAGGAGGCGAGGUUCCCAUCCUGAACGUCAGCUACAAGCCUCAGACCAUCAGCCCCAAGUUCAAGGGCAGCGUCCGAGCUCUGCUGCACGAGAAGAUCAGAGACGCCUACACGCACCCGCAGUUCAUCACCGACGUCAUGAAGCCGAUGCAGAUCGAGAGCAUCAUCGACCAGGAUGUGCAGAACCUGUCUGGAGGUGAGCUGCAGAGAGUCGCCCUCACACUCUGUUUGGGAAAACCGGCCGACGUGUACCUCAUCGACGAGCCCUCUGCCUACCUGGACUCCGAGCAGCGAUUGAUGGCCGCCAGAGUCAUCAAGAGGUACAUCCUCCACGCCAAGAAGACAGCAUUCGUGGUGGAGCACGACUUCAUCAUGGCGACCUACCUGGCCGACAGAGUCAUCGUGUUUGACGGGAUUCCCUCCAAGAAGACUUCAGCCAACACGCCUCAGAGUCUGCUGGCUGGGAUGAAUCGCUUCCUGUCGCUGCUGGAGAUCACAUUCAGGAGAGAUCCGAACAAUUUCAGGCCGAGGAUCAACAAACUCAACUCCAUCAAGGACACGGAACAGAAGAAGAGUGGGAACUAUUUCUUCCUGGACGACUAAGACCCACCUGACCAAAGGCGACUACCCAGCCGCAUCUUGGAGCCGGCGCACGCUCAAGCGUUAUAACCUCAACAUUUCAUGGCCGGCCUGCCAAACAGCAGACAUAUUAAAACUUUAAAUAAAAAAACAUUUAAGAAAAACAAAGAAACAUCAGCCUAUAUGUACCGGACUGCAUUCAAUAGCCAGCAAUGUUGUGAAGUGUUUAAAAAUAAAGUGCAUUGCGUUGUGUGUGUGUGCGUCAGGCUGAACACGCUCGGCUGAAUUCAGAGGCAGCGAGAAUAUUUUAACACCUGUACAUUUACAAUCAGAAUAAACUGAUGCUUCCUGAACCAGGAA